GCUCAGCAUAUAAGAGGGGCCCUGAGCCACGAGUGGCCCUCACAGCAAGCCUAGCAUAGAACUCCUCUCAUCUGUUCGACAGACCGGGCUCCACUAACGCCCACUCGUCUGGCUGUCCUUCACCCAAGCAGCCGAUAUCAUCACGACGACAACGCACCAGAGAGUUCUCUCUAAAGCCAACAGUCUGCACACAGCCACCAGAAACAGCUCAAAAUGAAUCUUGAGCCCAAAGCUGAGAUCAAGACGGCCACCCGUGUCAGCGGAGGCCCCGCCACCCCACGCAAGGGCCCACCCAAGUUCAAGCAGAGGCAGACCCGUCAGUUCAAGAGCAAGCCUCCUAAGAAGGGGAUCCAAGGCUUUGGUGACGAUAUCCCUGGUAUGGAGGGCUUAGGCACAGACAUCACCGUCAUUUGCCCCUGGGAGGCCUUCAAUCACCUGGAGCUGCAUGAGCUGGCCCAGUACGGCAUCAUCUGAGCCUUCUACAUCUCCCUGCAAUCCUCUGAGGAUUACAGGCCACGUCCAUGCACUUCAAACCAUCUGCCUCAGGCUCCGUCACCUAGCUUUAAAUGGAACUCUUCCAGACAAACUACCACUACAACCUGUAACGAACACAAAAAAUGGAAAAACAGAAAAAAGGUCUACAAAAAAAAAGAAACUUUCUGUCCUCUUUCGCUGGAUUCUUCUUCUGACUCUGCACUUCACACACAACCUCUGCUCACGUUUAGGAUCUUAUAACUAACACCUUCACUAGGUCUGCACUGUUACUCUCAGCGUCACUGUCUCUCCUCUCUCGCUGUACCUACUUUUCCUCUUCUUUUUCUAUUUCUUCUCAUGGACAAAAAAAACUGAAACUUACACAAGCAAGGCAGCCUCAGAUUGAGUUCAAGUGACAAACCCGUGGAGUGGGUGGGUUCCCGCUCUAUGUGCUUCGGCGCCUCUCGUGUCCAUCUCAGAGGCUUGUCCAUCAACGCCGAACAUGUAAAAUAUAAAAAUUAUAAACCUGAGUUCUGUAGACUGGACACAGCUGGCCAUUGCUGAGCGUAAACUUUCAGUGGGAUAAUGUUAAUAAGCGUCAUCAGAUAUCCCUCUUUUCCCUCUGUUCUACAAACUUAAACUGCAACCACAUUUUUUACGAGGAAGUGGAGAAGUGUUGUUAGGGAAAAUGCAAUCUUUAAAACCAGAGUUCCUGAUUUGACAGUGCAGUAGUGUGUAUUAUUCAUCAUUGGCCCACACUGUCAAACUCAUCUUAGCUGAAUAUCAUUAGUUUCACAUCUCCUCUUAUUUGUACAUCUCCCUUGUAUAAUAUCAGUGUAUAUGGAAAUAUGUAUUUUAUGUUUACAUGUUUAUUUCUCACACAAUUUUGUGUGUUUAUAUUUGUGUUUUUAAGCUCAAUAUUUCAGCUCUCUUUUUGUUGUUAUCCUGUAGAUUUUUUUCCUCCGUGUCCUCCAUCCUUUCAGUUUCCUUUCCAUCGUCCUCUUCAUCAUCACCGGUCCGUAAUCCUGUUCACAUUCAGACAGUAAACCUGCUGCACACAUAAUGCCAUUUUAUGUAAUCCUGACCUUAUCUUGUAAAAAUACAGCUCUAAUCAAUAAGAUCAUGACAAAGGUAACUUUCCCUGAUGACAUAAAGCUGGUGAUGGAAGAGUUGGUGAUUCUUCUUCAGAUUACAUUCACAAUGAUCACAAUGUAGUAUCGAGGGACGGCAGAGGGACGAGCGGGACAGAAGAGAUGUGUAAUGGAGCUUUGACCUCUCUACAGGAUGAGGAAAAAAAUAAAAC